GGCGGCAGAAGACUUUCAGUCUUCAUAAGGUAGCGCACAGCACUGCAGCUGUGCGCCAUUGUUGUCAGCACACUUCACCAACAGUCACCAACUGUCACUGAGGGUGCAGGGCGCUGGGGGGGGCGCCCUGGGCAGCAAUGUAUAAUACCUUUUUUAUGGCUAAAAUACAUCACAUAUAGCCCUUGAGGCUAUAUGGAUGUAUUUAACCCCUGCCAGAUCUCACAAACUCCGGGAGAAGAGCCCGCCGAAAAGGGGGCGGGGCCUAUUCUCCUCAGCACACGGCGCCAUUUUCCUGCUCAACUCUGCUGUGAAGAAGGCUCCCAGACUCUCCCCUGCACUGCACUACAGAAACAGGGUGUUUCAGCGACGGCUGGAUGGCUCAGUGGAUUUCCAGAAACCAUGGCUGGAUUACGUGAACGGGUUUGGGAAUGCGGAUGGAGAGUACUGGCUGGGCCUGCAGAACAUUUAUCUCCUGACCGUGGACAGUGACUGCGAGCUGAGAGUGGACCUGGAAGAUUGUGCCGGGCGCAGGGUAUCUGCCCUGUACAGCAACUUCAGCCUCUCCCGCAACGCCCUGAACCCGGAGAGUGAUGGAUACAGACUGUACGUGGGCGCAGUCACUGAUGGGGGUGCAGGUGACGCCCUGGCCCCACACGUGGAACACAUGUUCUCCACAUUUGAUAAAGACCAGGAUGAGGAGGUACAGAACUGCGCGGAGUACUGGGGCGGUGGGUUCUGGUACCACGCCGGGGGCUGUGCUGGGGCCGGGCUCAACGCUCGCUACAAAGCCACAGGACCCCUGCAGAAUGCAUUUUCCUGGACACCUUGGGUGGAGUACCCUGAGACACUUCGGGCAAGUCAGAUGAAGAUGAGGAGGGUCCCGGACAGCAAUUAGAGCGAGACCAGCCGUGUGUGAUUACGUGUGGUCACUGUAGUGGUGGAGAUGUAGUGACAGACACAGCUGUAUACACAAUAAAUAACUUA